AGCGGUAAUACUUGCUGGCAAGUAGCUAUUUUUAACUUGUGCACAAUCGCGGCGCGGUUCCAUCGUGAGUUUUAUAGCUUGCAGAGCUCGCUGCAAGCCGCAUGUGUAAUUCGAAAACUUGUGUUGGCGAGAACUUGCUGUUUAUAUUGCUUGCAAAUUAAAGUUUUAUCUUGUUGAGCAAAAACAUGUCAGAUGACUGUCAUGUUAAAAAACUGUGGACGCGCAGUGAAAUACUACAAUUGAUAGAUAAAUAUAAACAACGCAGAGAGUUAUGGGACACGAAUAACAUUCAUUAUCGGAACAAAGUCAAAAAAAAAUUCGCGCUGCAGUUUCUAGCGAAGGAAUUCGACACUCAUGUUAGUGAAAUCGCUAGAAAAAUACACAAUUUGAAAACACAAUUUCUUCAAGAACUGAAGAAACAACGAAAACGUCAAUGCGGCCAAAACUCCAAUGAGUUAUAUGAAAGUAAGACGUGGGCAUAUUUCGAGGCGAUGAAGUUCACGCUGAAUCAAGACCCGCCGGCGACGACCGAGGAUUCGAUGGAUAAUACUAGCAUUGAUGCAAAAGAACAUUAUGCAAUAGAAGAGAGUACUAGCAACGAUGCGGAGGGACAUUAUGCAAUUGUAGAAGAAGUGACAUAUCCAAACCCAUUGCCCAAACGAUCUAAAAAACCUAUACUACGAAAUGAUGAUCACGCAACUUCCACCUCUAAUAUAUCAGAUAAGCCUGAUGAAUAUCAAAUAUUUGGUGACUACGUGGCGAACGAAAUCAGAAAUAUGCAUUAUUUUAAAUAUAAAGGCGAACUUAAACGGAAAAUACAGCGUAUGAUUAUAGCGUAUACUGAGAGAGAUGAUAAUGAUUACUUGAGACAAGAGGAGACAGUAUCUCCAGGUGAACUCAGACAACACUUCAAGCGUGAUCCUUUCCACGAAGUCGAUAUUAAUGAAACAUAAUAAAAUAAUAAAGCCUUUUAUUACCCGAUAUAACUUACAUGAUUUGGUGAUCUAAAUCUACUUUAUUUAUUUAUUCAUUACAAAUACAGGUUUACUAGGCAUAAUAUAUUUACUAGUGGCACCCAUUAAUUACCCUCUUGAGGUAAAAUAUUAGGAACACCUAGAUGUCAUCCAACGAUUGCCACCUUUCUCUAUCCAAUGAAACAUAUUGUGAAUCAAUGAAUUAAAGUAUUUAAGAAAUAUAAUCCUUUAAUUCUUAAA